AUGUCUUUGCUCUCGCUAUCUACGGGUCUUCGCGCUUCUGGAGCUGCAAAUAUUAGUGUCCCAGGAAACGAAUUUGGUAUGGGUGUUUACAACUCUUCUCAAACACCCUCGAGUCUCCCUUGGAAUACGUAUAAUUACUGCAAUGCUCCGCAUGUGAACGCUGCGCAUUACUCGAAACCGACGCUUUCGAAUGGUGAUGGCGAGCCUGAGCUGGUUUACGUCAAUGCAAUAAUCCGACAUCAUAAGCGUACUCCAGACAACCUUUACCCAAAUGAAGCAGAGUUAAAUCCAGCAUCAGGAUGGGAUUGUUCAGAUAUCCAUCUUUUCGAUUACGCACAGGGAACCGUACCGAUUAUCUAUGAGACGGACAUCCCGUCAUGGCAUCCUUUCCUUGCGCGAAUUUGGAAUGGGACGUGCGAUGAAGGACAGUUGACUGCGGAGGGGUUGAAGGAUGCUAUUAAGCAUGGUCAGGACUUUUGGUCUGUGUAUCAUACGAAGCUUGGAUUUUUGGAGAACGUGGACGAAGCUGAUAUCCUUGUCCGCACGCCUACUGAGCCAAGGACCAAAGAAGUUGCGGGAGGAUUCUUGUUUGGUAUGGAUCCACGAACAGCUGCAAAACCGUGGAAUGUAGUCACUCAACCUUCUGUGAUUGACUCGAUACCUCCGAAUUACGCAUGUAGCCACGCAGACGCAAUUCGCGAUGCCUAUCAAUCCGUACCAGCAUGGACAGAUCAUCUCCAGGCAAACGAGGACUUGAAAGCUAGGCUGGACGCGACACUUGGCACGACUGGGCUCGCGGAUUGGGCUUCCUGGUAUGAUCAUUUCUUUGACACGUUCACUUCAAGGACGUGUCAUGGUCAUCCACUACCAUGUAACUCUACUAGCUCGUGCGUUUCGGAGGAUGACGCGAAUAAGGUACACGCUAUCGGCGACUUCGAAUACAAUUACAUAUGGAACGCUGCGCAAAACGCAACUGAAUACGUCCGUCUCACGUUCGGCGCGUUCUUCACGGAACUAGCAAUGAACUUCAAUGCUUUCAAAUCCGGUUCCGAGACGUACAAACUGAGGUUUUACGUGGGACAUGAUGGCUCCAUCAUUCGUCUUACUUCAGGUCUAGGUUUUGGGAAGGUAGCACCAUUGCGAUGGCCGGCGUUGGGUUCUGAGAUCGUCAUGGAGGUCUGGCAAACUCCAAAGACGAAGGAGCGGUUCGUGCGUGUCAUAUACGGAGGGACACCCGUGCAGACGCUGGAAUGGGUUGCUCUGGAUGAUUUCAUCAGUCUGCUUGAGAGUAACGUUCCAGAUAAUCUCCUCGAGGCGUGUUCUCAGUAA